UUUCUUCCCAUCAAUUAACUUUUUUCCUGGUUAAUUGAUAACGAUUGAAAUGUCGUCGUGUUAAAUUCACAUUACACAGUGAUAAGCGAUGAGAUAUGUCGGUAAUGUUGUCAUGUAAGUGCGUAAACAGUUAUGACAUAUUUGAUACGUGAAAGAUUUGAUAUUUAAAAAUUAAAAAUAGGUAUCCAUGAAGAUGUCUUUUAGGAAUCGCAGUUUUAAAAGGAACCACGAGUGUCCCAAGCGUUUAAACUGUUUUUUUAAAAAUGCCUCAGACAGAUGAAUUGAGAUAUAGGAAAAUUAAAAAGUCCCACCUGGAAAAACUGAGUAUGAACGCCCCUUUGUUAGAUACUGACGAAGAAUUCGAAUUAAUUUCAUCAAGUGAUGGAACAUCACUUUUACCAGGACAUGAUGAUUCAAAUGUUUCUUUUGAGCAAAGUAGAGAGUCCAUCCUCUCUACAGCUGUACAAAUGUUUAUCCCGUUCCUUUUGGCUGGAUUUGGAAUGGUCGCGGCAAGUCUUCUUUUGGAUUUGGUUCAACACUGGCCUGUUUAUCAACACGUAUCUGAAGUUUACAUUUUAGUGCCAUCCCUUUUAGGUUUGAAAGGAAACUUGGAAAUGACUUUAGCGUCGAGGUUAUCAACUCACGCGAAUUUGGGGCAUUUGGAUACUAGGCAACAACAGAUUAGUUUGAUUUUUGGAAAUUUGGCGCUGAUUCAGUGCCAAGCGAUUGUUGUGGGAUUUUUAGCUUCAAUCGCGGCUGUUAUUUUUGGCUGGGUGCCUACUGGCGAAUUCAAUCUUCAACACACUUUGAUUUUGUGUGCUAGCAGUAUAGGAACAGCGUUUACGGCUAGCUUAAUUCUUGGAUUGAUUAUGGUGGGUGUUAUUUUGGUUUCGAGACAUUUCCACAUCAAUCCGGAUAAUGUUGCGACUCCGAUUGCCGCUAGUUUGGGGGAUUUAACAACUCUGGCUUUGCUUUCUUGGCUUUCAUCCGGUCUUUAUAACACCAGGGAGACUAUGCCAUGGUUGACGGUGGCUGUGAUUAUUGUUGGAAUCUUUUUUGUACCACUUUGGGGGUAUUUAGCUAGUCGAAAUGAGUAUAGUAAGGAAGUUUUGGAUAGUGGGUGGUCCCCGGUGAUAACAGCAAUGGUGAUAAGUAGUAUAGGUGGUUUGAUUUUGGAUUAUACGGUGUCCCAAUACAAAGGGAUUGCAGUAUUUCAACUAGUCAUUAAUGGAAUUGGUGGUAAUUUAGUCGCGGUGCAAGCGAGUCGGAUUUCGACGGAGUUGCAUAAAACGUCUGUUCUUGGGGAAUUACCCGAAGAUGAAAAAGUUUGUUUGAGUCCAUGCGCCACGUUUUUUGAUAGCUCGGAAACAAAUCAUGCCGCAACAGCGCGCAUGUUAAUGGUCAUGGUGAUUCCUGGUCAUCUAAUAUUUACGUACACUAUAAGCUAUUUGCAAGCUGGGCAUACCUCGUUUACCCCCAGCUUUAUGUUCGUCUAUUUAAUCGCCGCUCUCUUACAAGUGUUCUUAUUACUCUACAUCGCCCAAGUUAUGAUUUUAUGGAUGUGGAAGUCCGCGAUCGACCCCGAUAACUCCGCCAUACCGUAUUUAACCGCCUUGGGCGAUUUAUUGGGCACCUUCCUAUUGGGAGUCGCCUUCCAAGUGUUGUACAUCAUCGGAGAUAAAGACAGCGAUGUCGGCGAUUAACGAUCUGUACAAAACAAAAAUGAGUUGUAGUUGCAAUAUAGUACUUAUUCAGUUCUAGAUAAUUUAUGUUAAUUUAGAUUUUUCGUUUAGUAAAUAUGUAAAUAAUUUGUGAAA